GUAUGGCCUCACAUGUGCAAGUCUUCUCCCCUCACACCCUUCAAUCAAGUGCCUUCUGUAGUGUGAAGAAACUGAAAGUGGAGCCGAGUUCCGCCUGGGACAUGACUGGGUACGGCUCCCACAGCAAAGCGUACAGCCAGAGCAAGAACAUCCCGCCUUCUCAGCCAGCCACCACAACCGUCAGCACCUCCUUGCCGAUCCCAAACCCAAGCCUACCUUACGAGCAGACCAUCAUCUUCCCAGGAAGCACCGGGCACAUAGUCGUAACAUCGGCAAGUAGCACUUCUGUCACCGGGCAAGUCCUCGGCGGACCACACAACCUGAUGCGUCGCAGCACUGUGAGCCUUCUCGAUACCUACCAAAAAUGUGGACUCAAGCGUAAGAGUGAGGAGAUUGAGAACACGAGCAGCGUGCAGAUCAUCGAAGAGCAUCCACCCAUGAUUCAGAAUAAUGCCAGUGGGGCCACUGUAGCCACUGCCACCACAUCGACUGCCACCUCCAAAAACAGUGGCUCCAACAGCGAGGGUGAUUACCAGCUGGUCCAGCAUGAGGUGCUGUGUUCCAUGACCAACACUUAUGAAGUUUUAGAAUUCCUGGGCCGAGGGACGUUUGGGCAAGUGGUCAAGUGCUGGAAACGGGGCACCAAUGAGAUCGUGGCCAUCAAAAUCCUGAAGAACCACCCGUCGUAUGCCCGGCAGGGUCAGAUCGAGGUGAGCAUCCUGGCCCGCUUGAGCACAGAGAGCGCCGACGACUACAACUUUGUCCGCGCCUACGAGUGUUUCCAGCACAAGAACCACACGUGCUUGGUCUUUGAGAUGUUGGAGCAGAACCUCUAUGACUUUCUGAAGCAGAACAAGUUCAGCCCCUUGCCCCUCAAGUACAUCCGCCCAGUCCUCCAGCAGGUAGCCACAGCCCUGAUGAAGCUGAAAAGCCUCGGUCUCAUCCAUGCCGACCUCAAACCGGAAAACAUCAUGCUGGUAGAUCCGUCUAGGCAGCCGUACAGAGUGAAGGUCAUCGACUUCGGUUCGGCCAGUCACGUGUCCAAGGCUGUGUGUUCCACCUACCUGCAGUCCAGAUACUACAGGGCCCCUGAAAUCAUCCUUGGUCUACCAUUUUGUGAGGCAAUUGAUAUGUGGUCCCUGGGCUGUGUCAUUGCUGAGCUUUUCCUGGGCUGGCCACUCUAUCCAGGAGCUUCUGAGUAUGAUCAGAUUCGGUAUAUUUCACAAACACAGGGUCUGCCAGCUGAAUAUUUAUUAAGUGCAGGGACAAAGACAACUAGGUUUUUCAACCGUGACACGGAUUCACCGUAUCCUUUGUGGAGGCUGAAGACACCAGAUGACCAUGAAGCAGAGACGGGGAUUAAGUCGAAAGAAGCAAGAAAGUACAUUUUCAACUGUUUAGAUGAUAUGGCCCAGGUGAACAUGACAACGGAUUUGGAAGGGAGUGACAUGUUGGUGGAGAAGGCAGACCGGCGGGAGUUCAUCGACCUGUUAAAGAAGAUGCUGACCAUAGAUGCUGAUAAGAGAAUCACUCCAAUUGAAACCCUGAACCACCCCUUUGUCACCAUGACGCACCUACUCGAUUUUCCCCACAGCACACACGUCAAAUCAUGUUUCCAGAACAUGGAGAUUUGCAAGCGUCGGGUGAAUAUGUAUGACACCGUGAACCAGAGCAAGACCCCUUUCAUCACGCAUGUGGCCCCCAGCACGUCCACCAACCUGACCAUGACUUUCAACAACCAGCUGAACACUGUCCACAACCAGCCCUCAGCGGCGUCCAUGGCUGCAGUGGCCCAGCGGAGCCUGCCCCUGCAGACGGGAACAGCCCAGAUCUGUGCCCGGCCUGACCCCUUCCAGCAAGCUCUCAUCGUGUGUCCGCCCGGCUUCCAAGGGCUGCAGGCCUCUCCCUCUAAGCACGCUGGCUAUUCCGUGCGAAUGGAGAAUGCGGUUCCCCUCGUCACUCAAGCCCCGGGAGCACAGCCCCUUCAGAUCCAACCAGGUCUGCUGGCCCAGCAGGCCUGGCCAAGUGGGACCCAGCAAAUCCUGCUUCCCCCAGCAUGGCAGCAGCUGACCGGAGUGGCCACCCACACAUCAGUGCAGCACGCGACUGUGAUUCCCGAGACCAUGGCAGGCACCCAGCAGUUGGCCGACUGGAGGAACACCCACGCUCACGGCAGCCAUUACAAUCCCAUCAUGCAGCAGCCUGCGCUAUUGACUGGUCAUGUGACCCUUCCAGCAGCCCAGCCCUUAAAUGUAGGCGUGGCCCACGUGAUGCGGCAGCAGCCAACCAGCACCACCUCCUCCCGGAAGAGUAAGCAGCACCAGUCCUCUGCAAGAAACGUCUCCACCUGUGAGGUGUCCUCCUCGCAGGCCAUCAGCUCCCCUCAGCGGUCCAAGCGCGUCAAGGAGAACACGCCUCCGCGCUGCGCCCUGGUGCACAGCAGUCCCGCCUGCAGCUCCUCCGUCACGUGCGGGUGGGGCGACGGGGCGUCCAGCACCACCAGGGAGCGGCAGCGGCAGACGAUCGUCAUUCCCGACACCCCCAGCCCCACGGUCAGCGUCAUCACCAUCAGCAGCGACACGGACGAGGAGGAGGAACAGAAGCAUGCGCCCACCAGCACUGUCUCCAAGCAGAGAAAAAACGUCAUCAGUUGCGUCACGGUCCACGACUCUCCCUACUCCGACUCCUCCAGCAACACCAGCCCCUACUCCGUGCAGCACCGCACUGGGCACCACGCCAACACCUUUGACACCAAGGGGAGCCUGGAGAAUCACUGCACUGGGAACCCCCGGACUAUCAUCGUGCCACCCCUAAAAACCCAGGCCAGCGAAGUGUUGGUGGAAUGUGAUAGCCUGGGGCCAGUCACCACUGGCCAGCACUCGUCCUACAAGUCCAAGUCCUCCAGCAACGUGACCUCCACCAGCGGUCACUCUUCAGGGAGCUCGUCCGGAGCCAUCGCCUACCGGCAACAGCGGCCGGGACCACAUUUCCAGCAGCAGCAGCCUCUCAAUCUCAGCCAGCCCUCUCCUGGUGCUUCUCCUCCUCCAGGCUCAGCAGCACAUCACCGCAGAGCGCGCCGGGAGCCACCGCCGGCAGCAGGCCUACAUCACUCCCACGAUGGCUCAGGCCCCGUACUCCUUCCCGCACAACAGCCCCAGCCACGGCACUGUGCACCCCCACCUGGCCGCAGCUGCCGCCGCAGCCCACCUCCCCACCCAGCCCCACCUCUACACCUACACGGCGCCCGCGGCCUUGGGCUCCACCGGCACCGUGGCCCAUCUGGUGGCCUCCCAAGGCUCAGCACGGCACACCGUGCAGCACACUGCCUACCCGGCCAGCAUCGUCCAUCAGGUCCCCGUGAGCAUGGGCCCCCGGGUCCUGCCCUCGCCCACCAUCCACCCGAGUCAGUAUCCAGCCCAGUUUGCCCACCAGACCUACAUCAGCGCCUCUCCAGCCUCCACCGUCUACACUGGAUACCCACUGAGCCCCGCCAAGGUCAACCAGUACCCUUACAUAUAAACACUGGAAGGGGAGGGGAGGGGAGGGAGGAUGGCCAGAGGGGAGGAGGGAGGAGGGGUGAGGUGGGAGCCGGGCUUUUUAUACUGAAGAUGCGGCACACAAACAAUGCAACGGGGCAGGGGGGGCAGGGGGCAGGGACAGACACAGAUGAAACUUGAACUAGGAGGUGGGGGGACUUAGAGCAGAGAAGAGAACGUUUUUAAAAAAGAAGGGAUUGAGGAGGGGGAAAUCUAUGCUUUUUAUUUUAAAAAAGAAAAAGAAAAAAAAGAAAACGUCAGUAACAAAAAACACAGCUCACGAACCCAUUCUGCACCAAACUGGAAAGGAGAAGAAGAGAGCGACGGAAAAUUCUGGAAAUGGGGGGCCCCAGUUUUUGAAGAACUUUAUCUAUGAACUUCUCAAAGAUUAUUUUCAUAUGGCGGCAAGUGACAUUUAAGAAUUUGCUGUCAGGGACACCUGAUGUGGAAAUCCAAUAGAUUUUUAAUUAUGGAACAUAAGAAUUAGGGAUUUUUCCAGAACUCUAAAGGGUCAGCAGCCCUCUAGAAGGUCAGGCCAUGGCCUGAGGAGGCUGAUACCUGGGGGUUGGUGUGGGGUUGGCAAAAGCCCAGUUCUGGCUCGUUUGUCAGGACUGGAGUGGGGGGUGGCCAGGGCUGACGGAAGACCCCUUAGCAGAGGGCGCAUUUUCUCUUCCUGAGCACUCUGGAUAAAUCCCUAAGCAGUGUUACUCCUCCGGUGUCAUUAAUAAUGUGUGUUGCAAACUUUAGGGGUUUUUUUUCUUUCCUGAAGAUUUAUUUUCUCUUUGAAUCAAUCCCUAGUCACGUAGCAUAGGGCUAGUGGUCGUCGCCGACACCCUAGUAGAAUGUAGCAGUCUACACCCGUUUUCUACUUUGUGUUCAACUCCAAUGAUACCAAUAGACUAUUACUCAAUGUAAUUGCACAAAAAAAAAAAAAAAAAUGGUAUAACAUAGGCAUGUAACCAGUGUGGUGGUCCAGGUGUGUGAGCACGAACGAGUGUGUGUGGGUGUGAGCGUGGAUGCCACCCUCCCUGUGUGUCCCUCGGCGCCGCCAUCACGGUUCUCGCAUCCUUGAUUUUACACCGUUCCCUCCUAGUGCCUUACCGACCGACAGACGCGGUGUGAGGGUUGAUUUCCAUGGUACUCCAAGAAGCUGACUGAGGCGAGUCACAUCACCUCAGCUCUUCUCUUGUGCUGUUGUAGAUUUUACUCUGGUCUUUCCUUGUUUUGUUUUGUUUUGUUUUGUUUUGAGUUUUAACUUUAUUUUAAUACCUGUUGUCUUUUUUGAGCUGUUUGCUAACAGAGGGGCAUCAGGGAGCUGGCAGGAGCGGGGGGGGGGGGGCACCCGUGGAUCUUGAGAGAGACGUGGGAGAUGGAUGGCGGGUGGACAAAUUUGACUUUUAUCUUGGAGACAAGGAACAAGAGAGACUCCCCACCCUGCACCUUCUCCCCACUCUGCCUUCAGUCCACCAGUGGGGCUGGCUCUAGUGCUGUGGGAGCAGAGGUCCCAGCUGUGUUUGUGGAAAUGUUGGCCUUGCCUGGCGGCUACCUCCUUCCUAAUAUGAAAGGGACAGAGGAGAGGAGGCCUGGUACCCAGCCCCAGGCUCUCAGACCCACCCCAUGUUCAUGCACGGCCCUGCCCCUCUCUCUGGUUCCACCAGCUGUGUUUUGCUCUCACGAUUCUGCCAGAUCCCUCCCUCUGUAGACAACCAUCAACCUUUGUUUGCUGCUGAAUCUUUCCUCACAUUACCAGGCCUACCCAAGACUCGACUUUGGCUUUGGUUUUUAGAGGGGUCUGGUGGGCAGAAGGUCGGAGGGACAUUUAGGAGGGUCACGAGGGGGUCUUACACUGCACUUUGGAACACUCCCACGGGCACUUAAGUUUCCAAAGAAAUUUGCCCUUUGCCCUCUUUGCACCUUUGAUACAUUCUGGAAGUUUUCUCAGGCUGUGAACACUGCAGGGGGUGGGGGUGGGGGGGGAGUAGGGAGAGCUCCAUUCAUAGCAAAUUAUUCUUGAAUACGUGAAUGUUGGGAGACUCUGUCUGGUCACAGAUGGGGCUCGGAAGGGUGGUCCUAAUUGUCUGAUUCUCGAUGCUGAAUCCUAACCGAUCCCAAAGCCAAGUUUCCAAGGUGCAAAGAGAUGGCUCCUGGUUUUGUCAGUUCAUCCUCACGCUCCCUGCCCCCCUCCACAGUCUCCCCUAACCAUCUACUGUGAACAGUGGUUUUAUAGUGCUAUCCAGCCUGAUUCAGUCAUGAAGCCAAGCCACUACCUUAGCUGUUAGCUGUGAAAUGUAAAAUAACUCUGGAAACUCCCCCUCCCCAACCAUAAAUUCUGCUCAUCUAACAAAGAAAUAGGUCCCCGAACUGGAACCCACUUAGUCCAGGCCUUAGGCUGGAAGGAAGGACCCCACGGCCCACUGGAGGCACGCAGGCAGCUCCCAUGUCCCCAGCAGGCAAGCCCAGGACGAGACCCUCUCCUUGCGGAACCACCAACCGAUCGGCCGAUCGAUACUCUUUACCCAGAAGUGAGGAAGUGCUCUCUGUCAGAGACCACGGGGAAAAUGGCCAGUCCGGAGAGAGCAGGGGAAGUGGGAGCCAGGGCCACGCCGGCCUGGAAAGUCCGCCUGCUCCUGACGUGCAGCAGAGCCCCAGAACAUUUCCUCAUGACCAGGGACAGAAGUCUUGGCUGCCGAUGAGACUCUCUUUGCCUUGCUGGGUCACAUCCUGAUCCCCUUGCACAGUCGACUUCCAGCCCUUCCUAGAUCUGAUCUCUUAGGGGCAAAGACAACAUAGCCUUCCAUUUUAAAGAAGCUCGUUUCGUCUACUUACGUUGGAAGUCUCUUACUCUUUCACCUGAUAUUUUCUUUCUUUUCUUCCAGAUCAGGAAUGAAAAUUCCAUGCUGCUCAUAAAGAUAAUAUUAUUGUACUAAUUAUUUUGGUUAUUACCAUUGUAAUUAUUAUCGUUUUCAUCAUGUUGAUAUUUUAGCUGGGGUUUUAAAUGCACAUUUAUUCCCAGUGUCUUUGUGUUUUCUCUUUAAUAUUUAAACUUAUUUUAUUAUAUCUGUGAGUCUCUGAGUAGGCAGGAAGGACAUAUGGAUGUCCAGUUUUGUUAGACAAAACAAAAAACAAAAAAAAAAAAAACAAAAAAUAAAAAGGAAAGACACAGGAAUUAGGAAAACUGUUUUUUGUCAUCUCUAGUUCACAAUGAGCCGUCAAGAAAGAUCGACCACAGAACAAAAGUUUGAAGAAGAAGCAAGGCCUUGUCUCUGUGCAGGCCAGAUGGGACUCUUGACAACAUGGUCACCGUCUAGAUUCUCAGUGGCCUGGGAAGAGUUCUGAGGUGACAUCUCCUGGGCCGGACUCUUAGCUGUGGUUUUCCCCCACGUCCUCUGGGCUCUCCUGUGCUUCUGGAAUCUGCUGACUACAUUCUUGGCCUGCCUCGCAUCUGAUGCUUACCUGUCACGCAAAAGAAAGCCCCUCUGCCUAGAGCUGACCAGAUGUCCUUCCCUUUCCCCUCAGCGCACCAGGAGUGUGGCCUGUCUCCUUCAGUGCAGAGACGGUUGUCCCCUCCCAGAAGCCACUGAGUGGAAUGAGCUGACAUAAGGGUGCUAGGCAGGUGGCACCUUCCCCUGGGAAGUUUCAGCCCCACUCCCCUGCCUUCCGCUCACUCACCACACUGCCCACUUCUCCCGUCUCCCCCCCUCCCUCCCCCAAGUACCUCUUCUCAGCACGCAAUUCUAGGGACAGAACUAGGAGCCAAAAAAAAGGUCGAGGGAUGGUCAGAGGCCAGAGGAGCGCUGGCAAUGGCAAGCAGCCCCUCGACAUUGUGGGCGCAGCCCCACCUGAAAGCAUUGGCCAGCGGAGGGGCACAGUGGGGCCUCACGGCCAUCCCCUCAGUGCGCUCUGCCCUGUGCGUGAUGGGCUUUCUUUGAUUGGCUUGAGGUGCCCACAGACUGCCCACCAAACCCAGAAACUAUAGACUUGGGGUUGAAAUGCCGGUUUUGCGGAAGAUUAUGACGAAGGGCGCUGCGGGGCGGUACCCAGCCCUGCAGGCGCUCGGCGAACACGAGCGCGUACUCCCCUCGUCCCCCCCCCCCCCCCUCCCAAGCACAGAGCUGUGGGACCAGAAGACCCCAGUGGGAGAGGCCCCACUCCUCGUGCGCUCCUUAGCACUUGCCCGGACCUCCCGGCCCGUCCUUCGGCUCUGAGUCACCCUGGCCAGUCGGGUGACUGAAAGCCUGCCCGUCCCUAGGACCAAGCUCCCAAGUAAAGGGAUGCCAACCUCAGCCUCGUUUCGACCACAAAUAACCUAGAGCAUCAUCUUUUCUUCACUGGCUCAAAAUAAAGCAUAGCAAAGACGAAGGGGGAAAAAUGCAAAAGGACAGGUCAAGGAGAACCAUCUAAUUGCAGCCUCGGGAAGGACAGGUGGAUAAUGCUUCUUGUGCUUAGUGCCUCUUUGAUGACGUUUGGCUGUUUCCAAGGGAAGGGGUGAGCAGGCCGACGGGUGGGAGAGUCUGAGGCUCGAUGCCAAUUAAUACUGUGAAGCGGUACAUGGCGGUUGAUGGAAUUCAGAGGGAAAGGAAGGGUCGAGGCAAACCCGACGGUUGUCUCCUGGACUGUAUCUGCAUUCUGGCCUUACUGGCGGUGAGUGGCUUGCAGGCUGGGGGAGCCAGCUGGCCUUGCCUUCUUCACCCUGGAAGACUCAACCCGCCCAGACACCAGAUUGUUGGACGUAAGGAAGGGAAGGUGAGAUUAGCACAGCUGCUAACAGGCUGAUUUCCCUUGACCAGAUCUUUGGAAGGGCAGACGCUCAUUUGUGAACAAGCGUGUGGUGGAGGAUUUCGGUUGUGUGAGUGCGUGUGAGUGAGUGGAGCAGACUUUCUUGGAAACUGGAGGAAGGAGAUGAGGAGGCUUAAGGAGCUACUGCUGAUGGGCUGUGGUUGGUGAAACGAGGUGUCCGUGAGCCGGCCCCAGCUUUCACCCCAGGCCCUCUGGUGCCGGGGCCCCGGGUGGGGCGUGGGGCCCCUGCUGGCCUGCCCAGCAGCUGCUGGGACAGGGAACAGACACCAGAAGAUCACUAGGCGCCCGCACGUAGCAGAGGGAAUUCAGCAGGGAGGCGAGGACUCUUUUCCGCAGGCCUGGCCCGCGAUUGCACGACGCCGGCGUGAGCCGUUUUGCCAGGAAACAUUCCAGCCCCGGAAGCACUUUCCGUGCCGUUCUUUCCGACGCGUCUGGCAGGUUUCAGAUGGGGAAGCCUCAAAAAUUCAGCAGGCCAGAGAUGUCCUUACCAAACUGGAAAGGAAGGUGAAAUGUUCCCUUUUUUAGCCAAAGAACCCUUCUCAAAGACCCCUCCAGACAGGGACAAAAUGGCAUCCCUCUCUUUCCUUUCCGGGCAAUAACAUCAUUAGCGAUGCAAUUCCAUUUGUCUUUCUCUUUCCCGUCUCCUGACUUGUAUUCUUUUUUUACUGCAUCCAUUUCAAACUGUAUUCAUCUUUUAAGGGGAGUGGAGAUUAGUAACCCUAAAUGCUGCUGCUAUUGGCAACCUGGAGGCACCUCACAAAUACGUGGGCUUAACUGAUGUCAUGUCACCACGGGUACAGAGCGGAGCGGACCCUCCACGGGGAAGCUGAGCUGCAUCGGGGGUGGGGGUGGGGGGCGGGGGGGGGGUCCUGCGCACGCUGGAGCUGCUCUUGGGGUGUCAGUACUUUUCCACUUGGAUGCCUUAGGACUCUCACUUCUACUCUGCACAGACUAGACUCAGUCGAAUCUCAGUUGGGCUACUAGAGAGCUGAAGAUGGCGGAAAGACAUUUAAACGCAAUAGAAACUUCUGAAGGCUUCUGGCACCGAUGCUCGCUAGAGUGGCCCAAGCUAGUGGAAGGCCCUCACAUCUUUCUCGCGGCUCCCAGAAGUUCCAGAGGGCCAGCUCCCGGCCAGUCGCUCCUUUCAGACUCAGUGAGCAGUACCGAGAAGUGACCCUCCUGCAGAAUGCGCUUCCUCAGAGAUCCUCCUACAUUCCCCCGGCUCGACUCCCCGCAAGUCGUUGAGGGCCCCUAAUCUAGACCGCAGCGAUAGAACAUUCUGUUGACUCCCUCCCGUUUGUUAAAACUCGCAGUGUCCCUCAAGGAAGCAACAGCCAGCAUUUGCUGAAUGCUUUCAGUCCUCCAGGCCCCACGCCAAGCCCUGUACCCGCUCACCUCUCAGAACCCUCGCCGCCGCCCCACUCACAGAGGAGGAAGCCGACGCUCUGAGAAAGUGACACGUGUCAAAAAAAGGAAAUAGAAUGGUGGUCCAAAAUCUCCACGUUUCUAGUGAAAUUUUUGUUAUUCGGGACUUCACUGAGCUACCGUUUCGUUUCGCUUUUUUUAAUUAACAGCAAUGAGUGGCUUCGUGUUUUCCGAGGAACCAUUUGACGGCACUUCUGUUCGCCGUGUGCCAAACACUGUGCUAAAACUUGCUCACCGGUCAUCUCGAGUCAUUUAGUCUUACCACAGUGCUCUGAAAGGGGCACCAUUAGCCCCUUUACAGAUGAGGCACCCGGCUUGGAGAGCUGGCAGCGUGCCCAGGGCUACACGGCUAGUGAGGGAGCCGGGCCUGGCCCCCGCGGUCGGCCCAGGUCCAAAACCGGGCCCGCGGCCGCCAGCCUCCGCCACCUCCGGUGUGUGUGCUCAGAGAAAACCUUGAAGGAGCGUCACCCCGCGCCAUCCCCAGCAGAAGUUCUGAAUGAAGAGGGAGCCGUGACCUGGAUGCAAGCAGAAAGGGGCAGAGUGCGUUUGACUUUUAGAGAAAGUCUUAGGGGAGUUUCUUUGGAUUCAUAGUAGAAGUCAUUUUAGAUUCCUUUCCAGCGUACCAACUAGCUUUAGUAGUGCUGCUACAACAAACUCUUACGAGUGAAGAAAAAAGUGUUCUUUUCUUCUUUUAAAAAAAAUAAUAAUUUUUUCUUGCUUAUAGUUAAUUCUAGAAAGGCAAUACUAAAGGUAUAUAUUUUUUUUAAAAUGCUAUUUUUUACUGCACUGAUAAAUAUCAUGACAAUUCUGGUCUCUAUAAAUCGAUCCACUUGUCAGCUCUGGGUAGAACCAGAUGCAGGAGUCACACCAAAUGUGUAAAUACCGUGUGUGGGUCUGGUGUCCAGGAACUUUUUUUCUUUGUGUAAACAAAAGAAAAGGGGGGGGGGGAGGAGAAAAACAAGAUGACUUUUGGAAAGAGGAACCAAAUAAGGGUUUCUUUUGAGAUAGCUUUCUCACAGAAGUAGAAGGAACAGUUGUGUAAACAGAAAAGUCAGCCAACUUUUAGGAUAUAAGGAAGCAGAGUCUCUUGCCACAGUAUGAGAUUCACAGUAACACUGAAGCAUUUUUAAUUUGGUUGAAAGGUGACGAGAAUUUAGAAAUGCUUUAGGACGAGAUUUUUAAUUUUUUAGGAACCUGUUAUCCUUUGUUAUGAAACAUCUCCUCAGUUGUUUGGGGUGGGUUUUUUGUUUCUUUUUUAUUUAAAAAAAAAAAAAAAAACUUCUUUAUUGACUGGCUCCAGGCUUGUUUGCCUCAAUUCUUAGGUAGUUUACACAAGUUCUAGAACCUUCUAGAACUUUAACUCCAUUGGAAGCAAACCCAACUAAUCAGCAUUUAAGAUCCUGGUUGGUUUCAAUAGGUAUUCUGACAGAACACCUAAAGAUUUUUUUAAAGAAGGUUUUAGAUGCAUUACCUUACACAAACUGUGACCUAAUGGCAAUAAUUACCUCAACUGUGGGCAUUCAUCCUGGUUUUAGCCUUUUUUGAAAUCAUGUAGCCAGCUUGAUCUUGGGAUUUCAAAGACUAUGAACUCUGUGUGGGCUGCAGAUAAUGAUUAAUGCACACCCUGGUCAUUGUUGCUUAAGUGAAUUCUGAAAAUAGCUGAUCUUUACAACAAAAACUAAACCAAGGAAGAGACUAUUCUCUGUGUGUUGUAAUGAAAUGUGAUAUUCAAAUGCACAUGUUGAGUAUAUAUGUUUUUAGCUACUGUAAAAUGCUGUUAGCCUUCUAAGAUCUCGAGAGAGCCACACUUUAAAUGCGUAGACUAAGUAAUUGACUGUGGAUACUUAAUCAUAUUUCUGGCUACGUUUUAUAGCUAAAGUGUUUUAUAGUUUACAUUUAAACUGGUACUUUUUAAAGAAAAUUUCUGUUUAUAACUGACAUCUUCAAACCCCGGCGACUGCCCCUCCAAGGCAGGUGUUUUCUAACCGUACUCUUAUGCAGCCCAACACACACAUUUCCCUCCACGUUACUGGUCGUGAACGCGAGAGAUCGUGAACGGGUUUCGGGACUGAGUGGGAAGGGGUGAGUCCGUAGCCUGGGCCAGAUGUGAACACCUCAUGCCAUGCUGUAUCAACACUUGUCUCUAAAGAGGCCUUCUCUCUGACACCGUGGAAGAGGCAGACAGAACAGAUACCUGGUUCACUGAUUUUGUCUUGAUUUAAAUGUUUCAUUUCUGUCAAUCCACUGACGUCCAGUCACCAGGCAGUAGAAGACACUGGGCUUCGGGUGGCCCUGGAGGUACAGCUGCUAUUUCUGCCCACCCCCCCCCCCCCCUGCAAUACUUUGAUCGGUGUUUUGCAGCGGGGGAGUCAUACACCCCUACGCCCCUACUCAAUGGCCGGGUUUUCCAUAUAUCUGCUGUCAUUAAUUCCUCUUCUCCUUUAAAGCAAAAUAAACACAAAAGGAUGUGUUUACUUUUUACUCUGUCAAAGUUAGAGUUGAAGCCUAGGCCAGUGGGAGCGGGGGAGCUAGAUUGCUUCCUAGAGAUUGUGUAAGUUGCUGCUGAGCAGGGCAGGGGGGGCCGGGGGACCUAGGGGCAGCUGGGGGAGGGGAGUGGGGCAGAGAGCCCCUGGGAGUAGAGAUCUUCCUUGGGACGCUUCAGAGAGUGGGCCCCACUGUCUUACAGGAACAGGCUAGAAAGUGCUGGUUCCCCUAAGAGUUUGGGUUCGUUUCUUGUUUCCUCGUACCACAACCGAAGCGCAGAGGACCCGCUGUGACAAAGGGCAUUCCGUUAGCAGAGAAGACCUUGAAAAACACCCGGGACCAGGGAACCGUUGGUGUGUGUUUUCCCUGUGAACUCUGUGGACAGUAUGUUCUCGUUACAAAUGUUAGGGUAAAAUACUCUUGAUCUCGCCCUUCCUACUUAUCCUUCUGCUUUUCCUCUGUUUGGUUUCUGCCUUUGCUUUAACUAACCAAAUUGACUUUAUGUCAUUGUCUCUGGGGCUUAGCCAUGUGUUUAAAAACUAGAAGCAUCGAAUUUAGCUUUAAGAAAGAAAAGCGAAUAUGCUGUAAUCUGAAAAAAAAAAAAAAAAAAAACUAUUGCUCUCUCUAGUUUCCUUUCCACCGCUGUCCACACAAAUCUCUCCUGGAACUGCCUCCUCACUUCUUGCGUGGGGUCGGUGUCUCUGUGGCCACCUCAGCCUCCACCCUGCUGCCACCACAGCCCCACACCCGGGCACCCCGGACCCCCAGGACGCUCUCAAGAGCCAGGGAGAAGCACCCCCUUGGCCUCGCGAGCGGUGGUCUUGCCUCCCUGUCAGAUGUUCACCCGCUUGGUUGAAGGGGCAAUGGAUUGCUCAUUAUUAUUAAUAUUAUGAUGAUGAUUUUAAUAGUUUUCGGCUCAGGUUAUAAGGAAGAACUUGGGAAGUGGAAAGUGACUUGACCAUGCCCAUCCUUUGUAGCUUUUCCGUGACUUCUGAAUGGAACAUGAAGCGUCCCCCACCCCCCUCGCCUCUCCUCACUUCCAAGCAGACACCCCCCACCCCCACCCCCACCCAGUGGGCGCCCCCUCCGUCUCGGGGUCUCUCGCCGCCCCGUCACCCUCCCUCUCGCUUUUGUGUUACUGCUCGUUUAAAGCUGUCUUCCGUGGCUUUUCCAGGGCACAAUCAUUUCUGGCCCCCAAAGCAUCUCCAUCCUGUUUGUGUGCGUUUUUUAACCAAAUGAAGUAGCCCAGGAAGUCCUACUUUGGGGCGGCAGGCUUUCUAGUUUAGUAGAAUCACUGUAUAGAUAUAGAUGUUGAUAUAUAUGUUAGUGUAUAUAUAUAUCAAACCAAAUUUCUGAUAGGAGAAGUAUAGCUUUACCGAUGAGGGGGAAAAGGAGCUGUCAGAAGUCAGGCAGCAUCGGCAGCGUAACCGAGCCGGGGCCGGCCCCAGGCCACACCUUCCCUGAGUGGGCCCGAGGCAUGGCGCCGGGUGCCUGUCACCCGCCUCGCGGCAGCGGAGGCAGGCGGCCCUGAAGGGUGCUACUGCUCUCUCUGGGUCCCCAGCCUCCAGGGCAUAGAUGGAUGAGUGAGGGGGUGGGGGGGCAGCAAGUCAGAAUGACUGGAAUUUUCCAUCCCAUUUUGCUUUGACCACACAUAUUGAGCUGCAGCCUCUGAUACUAUAUCACGUUUCCGAAAGUGGGAUCCAUUAGGGUGGAAAGAGAACAGAUCCGUAGACACGUUUACCUUCCAACUGCCCAUGAAUUCCGGACACUGGAUAGAAAGACUCACUCCCCAGAAUGAGAGCCGGGAAGAGGAGACCCGGUGAUGAUUGGUCACCAGUCCAAGGAACAUGGCUCCCUCCCCAAGGUCACCUUGCCUCCACCUUCCUCCACCAGGUCAUCUCAGCUCAAUAGCCCUACGAAAGCCCCGGUCUGUUGUGUUCCUUCACUGUACGGUUUCUGUAAUGAAAAGUGUUAAUCCAUGUUAAUCUUUGUGAAAAUUAUUGCGUGCAACAGUAUUUUCUCGUGUACCUCUUUUUCCUAUGUGAAUUGUCCCUCUUUUUUUUAUUUAUAAAUGUCUACUUUUUUAAAAAAAAAACAAACAAACCAAUGUGUUGUAGACCUAUAUGUAACCUAUUCCUUAGUCUCAUAUUAUAGGUAUGUUAUAAGAAUGGAUAUUUUACUUGGCUUUAGAAUGUUUUACAAGAAAAAUAAUUCUUAACUGAUCAAGUCCUUGCUACUAAAAAUGCUUGUGUUUUUCAUCAUGAUGUCGUGUGCUUCUAAAUUAAUAAUCAUUUUCGUUGUAGAAAAAUGGAGUGAAUUUAUAUUAGUCUUGGAAACUAAUAAUAGCAUUGUAAAUUUAUGAGAUGAUUUUAACAGAAAAAAAUUAUAGAAGAAUAUAGUUAUUUUAAUUGUAAUAUUACUAACUGUAGGGUGAGAAAGGGGGGUCCCGUUGUGGUGAACUAUGUUAUAGCUUGUUACUCACAGUUUCUUUUUGAUCAUUUUUUCGGUCUCUGAGGUGAAACGAGUUAUUAAUUAAAAUUUGUAAACUCACAUAUGCAUAUUGUAUAUGUGUAGAAAUGUAAUCACACUUUGUCUUGGAAUUACAUUAAACUGUUUGGAAUCACUGUA